AUGGCGCACGGGGGCUAUGAUAAUGAAGAUGUAAGGGGUUACGGUGAUUAUUAUGAGGGUGAGGGACAAGGCUAUGAGGAGGAGGGUGGGGAAGAGUAUGAAGAAGAGGAAGAAGAGCCUCGUAAGCCCACCAAGGAAGAACUGGUUUACCUUGAGUUGAGGCAGAAAUUGAAAGAAUCAAUUAGAAAGAAAAUGAAGAAGGAGAGUAGCAGUAGUACUUCCUGCCCAGAUUCAGCCGAUCGAAAGAAGAAUAAGCUUCCUUAUGACAAUUAUGGUUCCUUUUUUGGCCCUUCUCAACCAGUUAUUGCACAGAGAGUAAUCCAGGAAAGCAAGUCAUUGUUUGAAAACCGGCAUUUUGCAUCUGGGAUUUCUAAUCCACUUGACAUUAAGAAGAACAAGAAUAAAGUAUCUAAUGGAGGAUCAAAGUCUUCACCACCCAAAGUCUACGAGAUGAAAGUUAAAGCCCAGAAACUCAAGGACUCAAGAGAUUACUCCUUUCGUUUGUCUGAUGAUGCAGAGCUUCCAGCUCCUUCGAAAGUGCCCCCACCUCAGAAUAUGUCUGUACGAAAUUCUGGACGACCAGGUCAAGUUACCGUGAGGAAUAAACCACCUUUGAGCAAUGGUGGCAAGCAUGUUCAUGGAAGUCUUGAGGGACGGAAAUUAGGUUCUGUGGCUGGCCAUUUGCCUCCUAAGUCAGGAUCCAGUUAUAAGUUAAGUUCUACCAGUAAGCCUAGUAUUGCAUCAGCACAUUCCAGAAAACUGCUUGGUAACAACGGUGGGAAUGGACCAGGCUGGCCAGUUGGGGCGAAAGACUUGUCUUCAAAGAUGUCUGUGAGUGUCACAGGGAAUAAGUCAGGAAAAGACCUGCGAGAACCAAAUAAACCUAAAAUGAUAUCAAAACAACCAGUGGCAUCAUCAAAACCACAGAUAAAUAAACCUCUUAAACAAAAUUCAGUGCAUAUGGCUUUGCAAGAUCGCCGCCCAAUGAAUAAGGUUGGGAAACGGCACUUUGAUGAUGUUGAGGACAAAAAGUAUAUUAGUAUAAUGAUCAGAUCAAUGUUUAAGAAUUACGACCCCAAGAAAUUUGUCAAUGAUGAUGAUGAUGAUAAUAUGGAAGCAGGCUUUGAUGAAAUCUUAAGGGAAGAAAGGAGGAGUGCCAAAAUUGCUAAAAUGGAAGAUGAGGAGCAACUUAGGUUAAUCGAGGAGGAAGAGGAAAGAGAGCGGAGAAGACGACUGGCAAAGUUAAAGAAACGGAAGCUUUGCGAGUACUAGUUACUAGUAAACACCAACACCAUCGUUUGUCUUCCAUAACAUGUCAUUGUUUGGUUAAAUGGAAAUUCUCUUUUACCAGGGCAGUUUGAGUAAGGGAUUAAAUUAAUCAAUUCAAUGGAGAUGGAAAUCUAAUUGGUCCACAUUCAAUGCGUUUUAGUUUGCAUUACUUGGAAAAGAUAUACCGUUGUGUAAACGCAAUUUUUUUUUUAGGUCAAGGGUGGGGGAACGGGUUGCAUUGUAUGAUUUGAGCUUUUGCACAUUAUUUGACUGUUAUAUCAUAAUCCAAUGGAUGG